CAUCGCUUGUACUUGAUCGCUCUCUCUCUCUCUCCGUCUAGAUGUUCUUUGUCAAGAGACUACGUUCCCCUCAACGUACGUAAUGUGUGCCCGCGUGAAUUGCAGUGAGACGACGAUCCACUAAUUCAAGUGGACAAGGCCGACGGAGUGCUUUGCUGCGUGCACAUCGCCGGGUGAGUUCUUGGAGGUAUGCCUGAGCUCAAUGGAGCUUCAGGAUGUCUCUCAGAGUUUACAUACUGCUCCCGCAAGCUUUCAAAUCUUGUUCAGCAAUGCCUUCCAUGACCCGGACGACGAUGAGGGCAUCCAAAGACGUGUCGAAUGCCCUCAUCAAGGUCUAGCGCCGAAUUGCGCAACGGGACCUCGAAUUUAUGUACCCCUGUUUGACAUGCCAAAAUGUGCUUGGGUCGAUAUAGUCUAGUUGGGUUGGCCUCCUUCUAAGAUUUCUCCUUUGAGCGCAGUGUGCGUGUGUUUGGAUGCCGCCGGUAGAGUCGUCGUUUCGAAUCCCGUUGAUGGUGCCUUACAGCCUCACUUU